AUGUGGAUACGCAACUUGGCUCCAGGGCCUCGGACGCACAUCUAUGCGAAAUCUGACAUUUACUUGGAUCGAUAUGUCUUGCAGACCGCAGAUGACGAAGACGAUGACCUCGAGCCGCCACGAAAGUACUACAGAUCCGAAAAGAUCCAUGGAAAGCUGUACCGGGCGGUAGACGAGCGAAAAAUCUGUUUCGAUGAGAUCCAUUCGGGAACCGCUCCAGAUGAAGAAUUUUUCUGGGACGAGUUUAUAUGGCCCACCACCAGGUGCUGCGAUGCAUUCUCGCCAAAGUCAUGCGAAUACUGGGUAGACGAAGCCACGCGUAUCCGGCAGGCGUACGAGGACGCAAUCUUUUCCGCGAGAAACAACUACUCCGACCACCGUAUCAAGCCGCUUAGCAAGCUAGAGGUCUUUAUCGGCUCCGUCAUAAACAAGUCUGGCGUGCAAACUCGUCGACAACGCGAUCAAUCGCAGAGACUGGCGGACGAGUUUGAGCGUAUUGCCUCGUGGAUCACGGACCAGAUGCAUAGACAUCGCAAGGUGGAGGUUCCACGUACAGACCAUAAAACUAGCACCGAAACAUUAGAGCUCUGCCUUGCGUGUUUCCAAGUUGCCGGAGAACAGAAUCACGAUAGCACGUAUCGUCGCAGAAACGACUAUGGCGAGCUCAAGAGCUUUCGAAUCGUUGCAGCUUGUACGCUGCUUGCCGAGCUGGAUCUCCUCGAGAAGGGACAAAAGCAGAGCCUAGACGGGUUGACAUGUUACUUUGCUGCUGCUGUGCUCUGUGAUACAAUUGAAGUUGGAGUACUAUAUGAAGCUUGUGUUUCCCUCUUGCAGUUCAGUAGGGAUUCUGAAACUUAA